GUACGCUCAUGCGCUUGGAUCGACCAACCGUGUGGUCUGUUCAUAGAGGUGGACAAGAUCCGCAUCGACGACCACCUGUGGUUCUGGCAUGGGGUUGAACCGACGAGAACCACUCCGAGCUCCUGCCGAUUCAAGGGUUGCCCGGACACAGAGACGAUGAAGUUUCUGAGCCGUCACAUCGAAGGGAUCCACUUCUCUGCGUCCUAUCGAUGCCCCUAUUGCAAGAAGCUGUCGUCGAGGACCGAUUCUUUGACUCGGCAUCAGAAGGGGUGCAAACCAUUGCUUGCUAGCAGGGCC